AUCGUAUAUAAAUACCAUUCGAAUGGUCUCGAAGUUCAGUCGAAACAUACAUAUUACCAGCACAAGCUCCUGAUUCUUAAACUUUACGCCUAAGAACUUAAACCGGAAAUUAGUUUAUUUCUUCACAUAUCCAAAUAUCCAAAGCAGUUUCAUUCAUGGAGAAUACAGUAGAACCAAGUUUGAGAAUCGUUCGUCGUCGUUCUUCAGCAUCCGAAAGGGCGAAAGAGAUAGAAGCGAUCAAUUGCAUUGUUUCUGGAAAAAAUGUUCUAAUAACUGGCGGUGCAGCAGGAUUGGGCUACGCCUUUCUUAAUCAUUUCUUGAAGCACGGAGCAAAGAAAAUAAUUAUAUUAGAUAUCGAUGCUGAAACUGGCAAACGAAUUGAGCUCGGUGUUGAAAAAUCUUGCGGCGAAAAGAAAGUACACUUUAUACAUACCGACGUAUCUAAUCAUAAACAUGUGACUGAAUAUUAUUUUUGUUUGUACCAAUUUAUAGAAGCUUUUGAAGAAGCAUCAACGCUAUUAGGAAACAUUGACAUCGUGAUAAAUAACGCUGGCGUUUUAGAUGAACGAAGAUGGGAGAAGGAAAUCUCGGUUAACAUUGGAGGCAUGGUCAGCACCGCAAUGCUAGCUGUACAAUAUAUGAGCAGAGAUACGGGCGGUCACGGUGGUAUCUUGGUAAACGUGAGCCAGCAUGUGGAUAUUCGAAACACAGCUCAACUUCCGGUUUACACUGCCACGAAGCACGCCGUCAUCGGUCUAUCGCAGUCUCUAUCGGAUCCUUAUCAUUACGAGAAGACCGGUGUUACCGUGAUAACUUUGUGUCCAGGACUGACGGAGACCGCCUUAACAGUAGAUAGCCCUAAUAAACUUCUUUCCAGAGUCAUGAAGGCAGAUUUCGUUAAAAAUCUUGAACAGUUUCCAAUACAAACACCUUACAUAGUCGCGCAGGGUCUGAUGACGAUAUUGAGGAUCGGUGAGUCUGGCAGUAUUUGGGUUAUCGAGAGUGGCAAAGCGCCUUACGAGGUUUAUGUACCGAAUCCGCGUACUCUGCGUCGUCAUUAUAAGAACAACUUCCCACACGUUGAUACUAAGGUCACGGGAGGUCGCGCGAUAAGAGAAGUCUGCGACAGUACGAGGACAGGUUUGAUGAGCUGCGCCUGAUAAUCGACAAGCGCACGACCAUGAUCUCUCUGUUUAGGGCUGAAAAUCUUCGAUCCACGUCAUCCGGAGACUUUGUAUUAGAAGAUAUUUCAUAUAUAGAUCAGUGUAACCGGAAGUGCAGAAGACGAGAUGCAACUGAAGCGAUACUUCACGGCAAAUUGUAUUCCCGAGAUUCUCCGUAGAUAAUUUUGUAUUAUAAAAUUUCAUGCAUGUUUUCUUUUUCCUCAGCCAUCCAACUAUAUCCGCUGGUUCACGUUUCCGUCAUAAUUUCCUUAAUUACACGCAUACAUGUUCAAUCUUUUUUUUUUUAUUUCUUAUUAAUAACGCCAGAUUGUAUGAAGGUGCCUGUGAUAAAAAAAUUUUAUAAUAAAUAUUUUUU